AGAAGAGUCUGGCAUUCUCUGGUGUUGUUUGAAGUCAUUGGUGAAAGAUGGAACACCUCAAGUCAAAGAGAACGCUACAGGUGUGAGGCUUGCUACUGAAGUCCCGAGAAGGGGUAACAUACUUCCAUGGCUACGGCGGGGGGUUCAACCCGCUUUAUGGUGGUUUCCCGCCAUGUUUCAUAAUUAUUGUGGAAGUAGGAGUCUCAUUUGCAGUCCUGAGAAGGGGUACAUACUCGCACAACUACGGCAGGGGGUUCAACCUGCCUUAUGGUGGUUUCCCGUUAGACAUCGAACGAAAUUUGAGGACGUUCACAUAUUUUGGCAACAAAUUGAGAAUGAAACGUCGAUUGAUAAUGCUGAGACGGAAGUAGCUUGCAAGUUCAUACGCAGAUCUUCUAGAGUCAUUGAUGUGGCGCUUACCAAUGUCGAGGAGAAGAUG